AUGCAUGUGUUAAUGCUUCAAAUUUCGUUCUCAUUGAGCAAAAUCUUGCUCGUUAGAGAAGACUUGAGUCCUGAUUUGAAGGAGAUCAAGGACAUCAUCAAGAAAGUCAAGACGGCGGAACAGUUCGCCGAGUUCAUGGGGGUCCAGCCGGACAGAUUCGACUUCUACCUCGCCCAAAAAGCUGCGCUCAGCCACUACACGCAAGGUGUCGCCGAGUUCUCGCGCAUGUAUGAGGAUCUCGACAGGGUCGCUGUGACGAUGUACCGGUGCUCGUGGUGCGGGAAUCCGUCUGCCUUGUUGAGGAAAUGCCGUGGCUGCUCGAAGGCGAGGUACUGUGACGUCGGGUGCCAGAAGUCGCACUGGCGAGAUAAUCACAAGAAGGUCUGCAAGUCAUCGAGUUCAGGCUGA